CAGCUCAGCUCAGUCCAGAGAGAAUCGCAAUCGCACUGAUCAGCAACACAAUUCUUCACUUCCGAUUCCACACAUUCCACAGUCCCAAUCGCAGCAACCAACCGACAAUGUCGCUCGUCAGGCGUAGCAACGUGUUCGACCCCUUCUCCCUCGACCUCUGGGACCCCUUCGACAACAUGUUCCGCUCCAUCGUCCCGUCGGCAGGCUCCGACUCCGACACCGCCGCCUUCGCCGCCGCGCGCAUCGACUGGAAGGAGACCCCCGAGGCGCACGUGUUCAAGGCCGACCUUCCUGGAGUCAAGAAGGAGGAGGUCAAGGUCGAGGUGGAGGACGGCAACGUCCUCGUCAUCAGCGGCCAGCGCAGCAAGGAGAAGGAGGACAAGAACGACAGGUGGCACCGCGUCGAACGCAGCAGCGGCCAGUUCAUGAGGCGCUUCCGCCUGCCGGAGAACGCCAAGACGGAGCAGGUGAAGGCCGGGCUCGAGAACGGUGUGCUCACCGUCACCGUGCCCAAGGCCGAGGAGAAGAAGCCUGAGGUGAAGGCUAUCGAGAUCUCUGGUUAAGCAUCGUAUAUGGAACUACGAUGGAAGAAAAUGGUGGUGGUGCGAUGUGAUGCUACGAGUCGUGCUUGUUUGCUCUGUUCAUGAGCUUGUGUUGUGGACGAUGUGUACUUCCCUUGCCGUGUAUCAGUCUUGUGUUUCCUUGAGGAAGAAAUAAAAGCUGCUUUCAUAUGGCUUUGUUACA